UACUCUCCCCUAUGUUUUAAAGAACAUUGUGACCCGCGACUAAAAGCAGAGUUGUAGUACAAUCGCUGUAGUCUUUUUCAGCCAUUCGUUCGCUAAGACACAGUCCAAACAAGAGAAAAGGAAAGAGCAGAGAGAGGGAGAGAAGAAAAAAAAAGAAGCGCCAUGAAAAGGAUUUAUAUCUAUGGUGAUUAUUAGAGCGUGAAGGAGAAUUUGGCAUGGCUGAGCUGGAGCAGCCAAUAAAGAAGCGCAAGCGCUACGAUGUCAACGAUGUCGCGGUAUCAGUCGCCAGCGGGAAAGUGCAGACUCAGGAGGCAAGUGCUUUGCCUUCGGAGGAGGACAAGGCCAGAAAGAGGAAAAACAGAGAUGAAAUAGGCCACUUAUACAAUUCUUACAGAAGGAUUAAGUACUGCGUCUCGCAGAAGGAUGCGCGCCUCAAGCCUGACCUAGAACAGGCGUUUUUAGCCAUGCUCACUGCUUCAACUGGGUGUGCAAGUGUUCAACGGCUUGCUGCUGAGUUUAUUCCUAGAUAUGCUUUACAUUGCCCAACUGCUCUUGAAGCUGCUUGCAGAGUAACAAUGCAAAUUGGUGACUGGAGUUCCUCUGUAGCACUGCAUGGAGAAGAUGCUGAAGGUAUAGCAUUUGAAACAGCAAAAGCCUGCUUUUGUGGGCUGGUAGAUAUUUCAUGUGCUGCUAAAUCUGUGGCUUCAAACACAUCACUGGUUGGUGGUAUCUGUUCAGUGGUUUUCCAAAGUAUACUAUCUUAUUUAAUUCGUUGGCUUGAUGGCAAGGGGAUCUACAAAUUUGAAAAUGUUGAAAUUGAAAAGCUACUGGGGUCUAAUGAAUGCUUUUCUGACAUAAAACAGAAAUUAAUUCAGGGAAACAAUCAACUGGGGGAGAAAAUAUCGAAAAUUGUUUCUUUGAGUCUUGUUAGGAUUUUUGUUUGUUGUCCAGAAACAAUGCUAGCGGCCUGUUUUGAACUGUUAGAGUCAAAAGAUAUGGAGAAACGCAAAGAGGGGCAUUGUUUUUUGAGGCAAAUUAUGUGUGGAAAUAGUGCAAAAGAUACUAAUAUUCAAUCACUGAGGCAAUCUGAGGUGGUGUCUCCGUCCUCAAAUUCUGUAGAAGAUGGAUUGAAUUCAAUGGAGAAUGUUGAAAAGAAGCAAGUUUCAGAUAAUAGCUCUGAAUGCGACAGUCUUGCAAAGAACCCAAGUGUUAUUUCAGAUGUGAGUUUGAUUGCAAAGGUAAUCCAUAAAAAUCCUUCUUUAAGAAGUUGGUUGGCAUCUAGGUUUAACAGGUUUUGUAAAUCUGCAAAUCCAGAAGCUGUAUCUGAGGCCUUACCAAGACUUAAAGAGCUCCUUGAGUCUUUCCCAGUAAUAAUAAACAGGAAUACACAAGAGGAUAGCGAGGCUGGUGAGUCUGAUGAGGAAACAAGACAUGUUGAAUAUAAAACAAAACAUAUGUCUAUUGGCUUUAGCAGGCUCAGUGACUCCUCAGGUAUAUCUAGUUGGUGCAGUGGCAAAGCUGUGAAUGCUGGAAUAAGUAACACACACAUGGAUAGCCAGCCAUCUGAUGAAGAUAGAGAUUCUGUAAAUAGAGAUAUGGAGAAGAAUAUAAAGAUAAGCCGCUCGGUUAGCUCUCAAAUGAGUGAUUGUAAAGUUGUGAAGGAUAACUCAUCUCAUGAAUAUCGAAGUUCUCUGGCUCGUGGAGAUGAUAAUCGAAGCCGAAACCAAGAAGGAGAUUAUCGUAGUCGACACCAAGAAAUGGAUUUUAACACUGGGAGUGUUGGCAGGGGGUUUACUGUAGAAGAUCCACCAAAUCAAAGAAUGGCUUUUAGCAAUAGUUCUAGGGUAAUUGAACUGAAGGAAAAUGGUACAAGGAACAUGGGAAGACAUAUGGUUCCAGAUGAUAAACAUCACUGCUUAAGUAACGAGUAUGUCGGUGCUGUGUCUAGAAAAGACACUAAUGGAACUGUUACUUUAGCAUCACUGCCUAAGCAACCCACAGUUUCAAAAUCCCAUUCUCCUCCCAUCCGUGGAAAAAUUGCCUGGUAUUCGGAUGGUGACCCUGCUGCAAUGGAUGUCUUUGCUGCUUCAAAGCAACUAUGGGUUGGCUCACUUGGGAAAGAUGUCACAGAUUCAUUGCUUAAACUGCAGUUUGAAAAGUUUGGCCUUGUGGAGCAGGUUUCAUUAUUUUGUGCAUUGGAUUUUGGAUUGGUAGAGUAUAGAAAUAUCAGGGAUGCAAUUAAAGCUCGGGAAGGCUUGCAGGGAACUUCACCUUGGGGGUCUCCUCUUCGUGUAAAAUUUUUAGAUGUAGGAUUGGGCAGUCGAGGGGCUAUUGGUGGAGUUGCUGUGGGUGCCAGCUGUCAUGUCUAUAUAGGGAAAGUACCAAAUCAGAGGGUCAAAGAUGAGCUUUUGAAAGAAGUGAAUUCUACAGGAGUUUCACACAGUGUUACAGAUCUUGUUAGUGCUAGUGCCCUCCUAAUGGAAUUUGAUGCUCCUGAGGAAGCAGCUGCUGUGAUGGCCCAUAUCAGACAUUGCCGCAGAGAAGGUGGAAUGUCUGUUACAUCAUCUAAAUCUUUUCCGGCUAGCUCAAGUACAAAGGAAGGACACAGCAUUGGCACUCGUCAUCUUUGGGUUGGUCGCUUAGAUGCAUCAGUCUCAGAAGAAGAAUUCAUUAAUGCUUUUUCACAGGUUGGUGAGCUCACAGGAUGGAAGUUUGUUUGGUCAAGUUCUAUAUGUUUUAUUGAUUUUUUGUCAUCAGAAGCCGCUGCAAUUGCCAAGUCUCGUUUACAUGGUAUGAGAUUUGGAAGCCAAAAUAUAAUUGUCGAUUUCAAACACAAUAAUAGUAGAACUGGGUCAAGUAGUCAGUUAGGAUCACCUCCUGCCAAGGUUAACACAACUCCAUCAUUAUCAUCAUUGCUUUCAUCAUUGUGUAAGAAGUACAACAUAAAUUCAAGCUCAGUUUGUUUGACCAAUUCAAGAUCAAGAAUUGGGCGAGCUAAUGUUAGCAGAGAAGGAGCAGAGAGAGUACCUACAAAUACUCUUUGGAUAGGGUUACCUGAUGCUGCAUUUAACUUUAUGAAUGAAACUGAGCUGAGGACACUUUUCAAUUUGGCAGCUGGAAGUGCAGGCAUAGUAACCAAAGUUAAAAGUGCGAGAACAACUAGGGGGCCAUGUCGGUUUGUUGAAUUUGAUAGCAUAGAGGCUGCAGCUGCAGCUCUUAAAAGUAUAUCUGGGCGACUGGGCUCAGGCAUUCAGAUAGAAUUCAGUAAUUCUGCAAUUUCAUUGCAGCAGACUGAGCAUCCACAUAGCCAUAUGCAGACAAAUUCAUCUCACUUUCAAUCACCUCUUGAUGAUCUUCGACGAAGCUGGGAUGAUCCAUUCACAAAAAGAUGGGAACAAAACUUUGAUGAAUUACAUUCCCCUAAUUUAGAGCAGGAUGACGUAGAUACCACAGAGGCUUUCCCUCCUGGUUGGGGCAUCACAAAUGGAAGAGAUAUGCCAGAGGAUGAAAAUAGAAAGGAUGAGAGCAUGGACAUUUAUGAACAUCAUGUGGGCAGUGAUGCCACUGCAAGAAUUGAUGUUUCUUUAGGGACAAUGGCCUGCUCAAGUGGUUAUCUGAACAACAGCUCACUUGGAGAUGUAACAGAAAGUCCGGGUGUUUCGCAGGGUAGUGGCCAUCCUUGGCUUUGUGGCACAUCUGUGAGCGAUCAACAAGUUUCAGUAGCAGGAAGUUUGUCUUGCCCUCCCAUUUUACCACAGGGACCAACCCUUACACUACUGCCACCUGUUAAAACCACUCCUUAUAUCAAUGUAGAUCAUGUAACACUGAACACAUCAUGGACUGGACACGGUUUGCUUUCUUCAUCACCUGCAGAUCAAGUAUCACCUGCAACUGCUCCAUUGGCACCAAUCAAUCUUCCAGUAAAUGCUUGUGGUCCUCCUCUCCUACCUUCUCCUGUGACUCCCCUUGGUCGUGUGUCCGGAGGCACAGUGCAACAUUUUGAACACAUGAACCCUCUUCCACCGCUACCUCCUGUAUCUCCACCUCCCCCUCUCCCAAGUGAUACCCCACCUCCUCCUCCACCACCACCUCCACCGCCACCUCUAUCUCAACCCCCUUCAGUUCCACCUCCACCAAGUUCUCCCCCACCUCCUCCACCUCCACCUCCUCCUGAACCUGUGGUGUGUCGUUGGCAGGGCCCUUUAUGCAAAAGUGGUGUACGACUCUGUACAGUAUUGGCACACAGAGAAGAUUCGAGUGCCUGCAAUUAUAUAAAUCUUAUGCCUGAGCCUACAGAAUGGCCUGAUAAGCUGGAUGUAACAAAGCGGACAGACUUCAGAUCUGUGAAAUGUACUUUCCAUAAUACUCCAUCAAACAAGAGGGAGGUCUGUCGGCUUGUCCCAUCCAUUGGAGAUGACAAUAGUAAAGGGUUUCAAGAAUUUAUCACAUAUUUGAAGCAGCGGGAAUGUGCUGGAGUUGUGAAAAUUCCUGAGGGAAAAUCGAUUUGGUCACGGAUACUCUUUAUUCUGCCAUAUUCUGUUGAGGCAUGUGAAAUGUUGGCAAUCACACCUUUCCAUAACGAAAAUCUGAUUGGCUUGCUGCUGGCCAAGGAAACAAGUUUUGAUUGGAUAUGAUGUAACAUGGACUUUGUAAUGGCUGUUGGAAAAAUACAGCUAAAUAUUAUGUACUGCCCAACUUUCUGUUAACUAUGUAUAUACCUUGGUUUUUAAGUUCAGUGUAGCCAUGAGGUGAGGGACUAUUAUAAAUUUCUUAUUACUAGGGGAUGUUCUUCCCUCCAUUCUAGUAGAAUUAUCAAGUGCUUUGCAUCUCUCUAUCUGAAGAUAUCAGAGAACGGUGAAACUUAACUUUUAGAGCACCUAAAUACAGCGCCCUCAUGUAGAGCUCAACUCGGAAUAACAAUUUCAUUGCCUCUGAUCCAGCUAACAUUUUUAUUUGUUUGCUAGAGGUUUACACUAAGCGUGUUUCCAUUAUUUCUUGCAAUUAACUAGUGCAAGAUUUUGUAAUAUUGGUCUUAUUUUCUAAGGUGUCAUAAGAAGAAUUCUCAUUUAUAUUC